GUGGUUCAGCCAUGCAGGGGCCAGUGCGAGUGCGAAUGCCAGUGGUCGGAUGGGUAGCAAACCGUUCUAAGUAGGCAGUCGCCAUAUUUGUUAUUAUCAUUAAAUGGGGGAGAUUGAAAAACAAUAAAGAACCCAUUUGUGUAAGAACUACUGAGUGAAAGUUUCGAGUGCAUGGUUUUUCGCGACCCAGAACGACCCUAUAAGGGGAUGAAUCAGUGAGUGUUUUUGUGCAAGGGGGCAGCUCUUUGUUUGAAACUGGCGGCCGCUGGGGAUAAUUUAGCCGGUGGUGGCGACGAUGAGCCGCCUGCAAUACUCGAUUGGGGGGACCGUGAGGGUGACAGAUUCAGUUUUGAAGACUCUGACAGAUUUGAGGAAGACUCUUUGUGUAGCUGGAGCUCCGAACCUGAAAGUGUUUGUAACAACUGGAGAGGAUGGAAGAAACCUUCCACAAACUCUACAUCAUAUUUUGGAAGCAGCAGAAAAUAUAGUGAUGAGGUCCAGACAGUUCCGUCUUUAACAGAAUUAGCAGCAAAAUGUGUAGCAUCUCAUAUCCCAUUUGAAUUGGUGGAACAUGUAUACCCACCAGUACCAGAACAACUUCAACUUCGAAUAGCAUUUUGGAGUUUUCCUGAUAACGAAGAGGAUAUUCGACUGUAUUCCUGCUUAGCUAAUGGAUCAGCAGAAGAAUUUUCUAGGGGCGAUACCCUACACAAAAAUCAUAUGGUUAAAGAUCCGUUACAAAUUGGUUUUCAUUUAUCUGCUAGUGUUCAACAGGCACCAAGAAACACUCACAAUGUCGCUGUAACAUUUGACAGGCGCAGGAUCUCAUCUUGUAACUGCACAUGUACAUCAACAGCAUAUUGGUGCUCGCAUGUUGUUGCUGUUUGCCUCACUCGAAUACACUGGCCUCAUCUUGUGACACUUCGUGCUCCAGUAUCUGAAUCUUUGUCGCGAUUACAACGCGAUCAACUUCAAAAAUUCGCACAAUACCUCAUAAGUGAACUUCCUCAACAAAUUCUACCUACAGCUCAGCGGCUUCUAGAUGAGCUCUUAGGCUCUCAACCGUCAGCCAUCAAUUCAGUUUGUGGAGCUCCUGAUCCCACAGCGGGUGCAUCUGCGAACGACCAAACAUCUUGGUAUUUGGAUGAAAAAACUUUACAUGAUAAUAUAAAGAAAAUUCUGAUUAAAUUCUGCGUACCUGCGCCAAUUGUUUUUAGCGAUGUCAAUUAUUUGAGUACGGUAGCUCCACCUGCUGCCGCAGAAUGGUCGUCCCUUUUGCGUCCAUUACGAGGACGAGAACCUGAGGGAAUGUGGAAUCUUUUAAGUAUCGUCAGAGAAAUGUUUAAAAGGAAUGACCGAAAUGCCAUUCCACUUCUUGAAAUUAUUACCGAAGAGUGUCUUGCAUGUGAACAAAUCCUCAUCUGGUGGUUUAAUACAAAAGUGGCACUAUUAAGUGGAAACUCUGGAUAUGGUGGUAGCGGAGGUGGUAAACACAAUAAUGUCAACAGUAAUACGCAUGCAUCUCAACACGCAUGUUCUUCUCUUUGUGAUGAGGUUGUUAUCCUUUGGAGAUUAGCAGCGUUAAAUCCAGGAUUGGCCCCAUCUGAAAGAGACAUGCUACAUAACCAGUUUACUACUUGGCAUAUGAAGACUCUUGAAAAAGUGAGUAAAUGUCGCAACACUACAUCAAGUUCUCAACAACACUAUAAGAAUUCCUCCACAUUAAAGAUGGAUUUAGAAGUUUUCACGGGAUUCAAACCAGCCAUAGAGGCAUGUUACCUCGACUGGGAUGAUUAUCCAAUGCCCGGAAUUACAUAUACUCAAGAUAUAAACCCUAUGUACCACUGCCCAUUUACUUGUUUUCGACAUGGAGCAGAUACCAGUAGAGGUGAAAGUCAAGUAACACAGGUGAAUUCCAGUAAAGCAGUACUUAAUUGCGAACACCCUCACGUCCAUACAACACAUUCCCACCAUCAUCAUCAUCACCAUCACCAUCACCACACACAUAUGAGAGCAGCUCCAAGGUAUGACUUUAUAAGUAUGAAUCCCAUGGAAUAUCCACCACAUCCACAACUCAACGAGAGGGAUGGGAAUAGAUCAAGCGUCAGUAGCGAGGGCUUUUGUGAAGUUGAUGAUGACAUGAAUAUUCUUCAAGAAAGUCGUUUCAACGAUUCUGAUUCACAAGAAGGUGGCGGUAGCGAUUCAUCAAGUAACAGUAGUCAAGAAUGUCGAACGCCUCCAACAGCACAACAUUCAAUAUCCAUUGAUAACGAAACAAACAAACAAGUACCAAAUGUUUCUAUACCUACUACUUCUGUCUCUUGGGCGCCACAACCCCAACUAACACCAAUAUCCAGGAGGGACUCUAAAGAUGAUUCAACGUCCAGCUCUAAUUCAGAUUCUCCUCAAUCUGGCGAUGAAUAUAAUAUGUACUUUUACAAUAGCAAGGAUAUUGGAUUAAUAAAUUCCAAUGCCCAGAUAAAUCCAAAAGUGGAAGAAACUGAAGAUAAAGCUGGAAUGUUCUCUAGCAUAAGAAAGUGUGAAGAUCCUUGGGAUGUUUUAUUUGCUAGAGCUGAGGGAUUGCACGCCCACGGGCACAGCAGAGAAGCUUGUAUUUUGGGCGUGAAACUUGCUGAGGAGUUGCUCAUGAAUCCGCCCGACUUAAUGAUUGAAAUUCCUCCUGUACCUAAGAAAAAAGGAAAGAAACAACAAGUGAAUCCUGCAAGCCAUCAAUUGAGCUGUUUAGCAUCUGCAACGCUAUCAAAAUGUGCCUUUUUAUGUUCAGUUUUAGCAGAAAACAGUGAACACUACCACCUAGCUUUUCGCGUUGGUAUGUUCGGCUUGGAAAUGGCUCGACCUCCUGCCAGUACCAAACCUUUGGAAGUCAAAUUGGCAAACCAAGAAACUGACUUGGUGAAUCUUUUGAAAAGAAUACCCUUAGGGCAUAAAGAGCUCCAAGUUCUCAGGGAAAGAGCGGAACAACUUAAAGAAGGUACUUUACGUUCAAGAGGAGAAGCAAUGCUACCAAUAAUGUUGGCCAGUUUUAUCUUUGAUGCUCUUGUUAUGCCUAAUAUUACUGGUAAAGAUCGAUCAAAGAUUCUUAAUAUGAGACUACCUACAGAUGAACUUUUGGGAUUUGAAGCAGCGGUUGCAGCUCUAGGUUUAAAAGCUAACGUUUCUGAAGCUGAUCAUCCGCUCCUUUGCGAAGGCACUCGACGUCAACGAGGUGACUUGGCUAUCGCCCUCUUAAUGCUAUACAAAGAUGAUUGUUGGAAAAUAGCAAGGAUAAUGGAUAGAUUAUUAGAUAAAGAAGUACAUCAAUUGAUGAAAACGCCACUCACUGGCUUAUACUAUUCUAGCAAUCCACCAACCAAGAGCCAGUACUUUAAUUUGAAACGAGAAGACUGUGAUAAAGUAGUCGCUCCCAUCAGUCCGUUUUUGCCACCCACAGAGAUGAUGUCGACUGAUAUGGCUUGUUGUAGUAGACCGCAUAGUGCAACCAGCGCGGAGCUUGAACAGAGCAUGUCUAAUCUUUCGAUAAAUCCCCAACAAGGAUCGGUCCAACAAGGCGCCAUAACUAGGACUAAAGAUGGACGUUACAAAGGAAAACGAGCAUAUCCUUCCAUUCCUAAUCAACCGUCCGAAGCCGGUGCUCAUUUUAUGUUUGAAUUGGCCAAAAACGUUCUUAAUAAAGCUGGUGGAACAAGUAGUACAUCUCUUUUCACUCAGGCAUCUACAAGUCAGAAUCAUCAUGGACCCCACAGAGCAUUGCAUAUGUGCGCUUUUCAACUCGGAUUGUAUGCUUUGGGAUUGCAUAAUUGUGUUAGUCCGAAUUGGUUGAGCAGGACUUAUUCCUCGCAUGUAUCGUGGACAAUAGGUCAAGCGAUGGAAAUAGGUGCAGCAGCAAUAUCUUUCUUAAUAGACACUUGGGAAGGACAUUUAACUCCUCCUGAAGCUGCAAGUAUCGCUGAUAGAGCCUCUCGUGGUUGUGACGUCAAUAUGGUACGAGCGGCAGCAGAAUUGGCACUGUCCUGCCUACCGCAUGCUCAAGCCCUUAAUCCUAAUGAGAUACAACGGGCAAUAUUACAAUGUAAAGAACAAAGUGACGAUAUGCUAGAACACGCAUGUCACACUGUAGAAAAUGCUGCAAAAGGCGGCGGAGUUUAUCCCGAAGUUCUUUUCCAGGUUGCUAAAUACUGGUACGAGUUAUAUGUCAGGCAUACACCUGGAGGUGACCAAUUACUGGAUAACGAUAUACCUCACGAUCCUUUGAUGGAUUUACAUGGAGCUCUGGUGGCCUUAAUAGAGCCCCCAGUUCAACAGGAAGUUCCCCCAGCAGCUCAGCCUGUAGUUGUGACUACUGCUCCUCCAUAUACACAUGCGGCUCCACCGGUCGGAAUGUAUGUGAGCCAUUAUAAUUUCGUACCUCAUCCACAUCAUCCUCCAAUAGCAUAUGGGGGCCCUCUACACCCCCUGCAGGCACCACCUCCGACGCAUGUUCAAAUGUAUCAGUUUCCUUACCCACCACCUGCUCCUCAACAGGCUCCUCCAACAGCUUUCACACCUGUACCAACAUCGUAUGCAACUUUACCACCACCACAACAGACUGCUUUCACAAGUGCGCCAUCACAAUACGCACAAGCACCGCCGCCUACUCCUGCAGCAGCUGUGUUCGCAGCACCAGCAGGCCCACAACAAGCAAUUCCAGUUCAAGGAUCUCAACCACCUCCCGUUCAGUAUUAUGGUCCUACAGUUACCAUAGCUCAGCCUGUUCAAGGAUUAAGACCUGCUACACAUAUGUAUGCAGCUCCACCGCCAGAACAUCUGCUAAUAGGUAUUGCAGCCCAUCCACAACAAGCUUUAGCAAGACCGCAUAGACCUCACCAAUUCAAUCAAACUCAGCUCAGGUAUUUAUUAACGUCAUAUAGAGUCGGAAUGUUGGCAUUAGAAACACUUGCUAGAAGAGUACAUGACGAUAGACCGCAAGCAAAAUACGCCAGAAACCCACCUUAUGGUGAAGAUGUCAAAUGGUUGUUGAGAAUUUCCAAGCAUUUAGGAACCCAAUAUCUACACCACUUCUGCGUUUGUGUAGUUAACUCGAUAGUAAGUCCUUUUGUUUUACAUGAUGUAGCAAUCGAAGCUGCACAAUAUUUAUCGCGGAAUAAUCCCAGUCUCGUGAUGCAACAUUUGCGCACUGCACUCACUCCUCUCGUCCAGAAGUGUCAACAAAUGUACAUACAAUGUAUGCAUCAAAAGUUAUAUCAUUUAACAGCAGGGGAUUACGAAGAUUUCGUAAGUAUAGUUUGCACAGCGAGGGCUGCAUUCCAGAUCACUCCGGACGGAUCGACGCAAUUCAAAGAAUGGUUGCAAUCUAUUCGAAGGUCAAAAUCUUGUAAAAAAGACUUAUGGACGCAGAUCAACGCGGCUUUGCAAGCUAACAACAAAUGACAAAGGCCUGAAACUCAGGCUUCUUCUUCCUACACUCAUCAUAGAUUAGUUUCCGAAGUUCCAGAAGAACAGGAAUUACCACAACCAUCCCGCACACCACCACCACCUGUUUUACAUCUCUGCAACCUGCCGAAACCUGAGCUAGCUCUUGUCCAUCCCAUCUAUAUAACUCACGCUCCUCCAUCACUUGCUCUCAUCCCUCAACAAGAAUCUAUUGAAGAACAGCAGCAGUGGCCUCCUCAUCCGUCUAACAGUUGACUAGUAUUUGAAAACGGGAUAUUUUAUCAAGGUGAGACCAUUCUGUAUGGAGGUGAUGUGGACUUGCCAAGGAACGAGGCGAUCAUUUAUGAAACUAGAAUAGGCUACCAAGCAACUUUGCAAGACAUAAACAACCCUGGUACUGCCUCUCAAGAAAGUGCAGUUGUCUCAUGUAAUAAUGGUCAUAAUGAGGCAGGUUCGGAGAGGCAGUUAAUGAGAGGAUUCUGGAAAAUUUGAGCUUCACGUUAAAUGUAUUAAUAGUUUCUAAUUAAAAUAAUUUUGCUUGUAGGGAAUUUUUUCUAGAAAUUAAUUUCAUGUUUUGAUUUUAAUAAAAUAUACUAAAAUACCAUUAUAAAAAAUUUAAA